UUUCAUAAUAAUUGCCGACAGAUGAGUCAGAAAUGUACAGAACAGUUCAUCCAAGACAAAUACGGAUCAGGAAAGGUUCUCAUCGAAUUUGCAAUUAUCUUCAACUACAUCUUAGUCGCAACACCGGCACCAGCGCAUAACCAAUGUGAUAUACCAACUGACCUGAACGUCGAAUAUCAGAGACUAACCAGCACAUCGAUCGGCAAUAACGUUUUUCUGUCAGUUGAAAUGGCUCCAACUGAACGUAACCAAUCGGCACUGACUAAUAGUGAUAAAAGCUGCCCAACAUCUUCUGGAUAUAGUAAUAUCAUCCAUGAACGCUCAACCUGUCCUUGGUACUUUAACGUUACUCAUGAUUCAACAAUUUUCCCGCCAUCACUUACUGAAGUAGUGUGUCGCUGUAGAAAAUGUCUGGGCAGCAACGACAACCAAUGUGUAAUGGUAUUUACGUCAAUGACUGUCCUGAAGCGCACAGGUCAAUGUGUUGGUGGCUUGUAUGUGUACAGACCCAGUGUGAUUCAAGUAGCCACAGCCUGUGCGUGUGUACGGAAGGUUGAUGUCGUUAAUGAAAGAAAUAUGCUACAAUAUGAGUCGUAAAAGCAGUCCAUUUUCAAAUUCUAUUGCGAGCAAUGCCGCUAGACUAUUUAAAUAUAUGUAUGUAUGUAUGUAUGUAUGUAUGUAUGUAUGUAUGUAGUGGAGGCGCAAUCGCCUAGUGGUUAGGGCAGCGGACUUGCAGUCAUAGGAUCGCGGUUUCGAUUCCCAGACCAGGCGUUGUGAGUGUUUAUUGAGCGAAAACACCUAAUGCACCACGAGGCUCCGGCAGGGGAUGGUGGCGAACCCUGCUGUACUCUUCCACCACAACUUUCUCUCACUCUUUUUUCCUGUUUCUGUUGUACCUGUGUUUCAAAGGGCCAGCCUUGUCACACUGUGUCAUGCUGAAUAUCUCUGAGAACUACGUUAAGGGUACACCUGUCUGUAGAGUGCUCAGCCACUUGCACGUUAAUUUCACGAGCAGGCUGUUCCGUUGAUCGGAUCAACUGGAACCCUCGACGUCGCAAGCGACUGAGUGCCAACACAAUGUAUGUAUGUAUGCAUGCAUGUAUGUCGUUAUUCAGUUUAUUUAUUUAUUUAUGUGUAUAUAUCAUUAUUCAGUUUAUGUGUGUAUGUAUGUAUGCUUAAGUAUAUAGGAACGCUAUGAAAGAAUCUGAAGAAAACUCAAAGCACUUAAUAUUAAAUAUAUCUAAUAAUGUAAUCCUCUAUAGUAGAUAUGUAUAAUACAAUGUUAUCGAGUCCCCUCUUAGUUCUUACUAUUACUGUAUAUCGAACAAGUAUCAAUUUAUCUAUCGUUCAAUAUGCCAUACAUGCAUCUAUAAAAGCUUCUGUGUUAUUGUAUGUGAAAUUUUAUAAGCAUACCUAUAUGUACGUACAUGUGUGUGUGUGUGUGUGUGUGUGUGUGUGUGUGUGUGUGUGUGUGUGUGUGUGUGUGUGUACAGGGUGCAAUGAAUAAAUUGUUGUCUAAAUUUGGCAAAAAUGAAAAUAACACUGACAUCUCAUUUUAACAGAUAUAUUUACUAAAAUUACAUAAAAAUAUGUUGAAAUACUAAAGAGUAGAUUUAUUCAAUAAAAUCGCCAUUGGCUUCAACCACCGCCUCCAGACGACUUCGGAAUCUACUGCAACUAUUCUGGACGGUCUCCUUGUUUAAGUUGGUGAAUGCUGCCAUAAUCCUUGCCUUCAGUUCAUCUUUGGUGUUACAAGGAGUUUAGUUGGUCUUUCGCUCAACUGUACCCCACACGUAAUAAUCAAAGGCGGGUUGCAGUCUGGAGAGUUAGUUGGCCAGAUGUUAGGGGUGAUGUGGUCGCAGAAAUUGUCUGACAGCCAUGAUUGGGUUCUCUUGCUUGUGUGGUAUGGUGCAGAGUCCUGCUGUCUGAUAAAGGGUCUUUCAGCAGCCACCCUCUUGACCCAGAGCAGAACUACCUCCUCCAGACACUUGAGUGUGAGGCUGUGUGGGAAGGUGAAUGGAGGCAUAACGUCGCCAUCACCGGUGAUCACUUCAAAUACCAUGAUGUUGACUGGACGUUUGAUCUUUAUCACUCUCGGUACACGGCCUCAGAUUGCACUGUCCUCAGACUGACAGCCAGACACUCUGAAAUGUUCCCAUUGGAGCUGUACAGCAUGUCGUUUCGAAAUUACUGGCAAAGCGAAUUGCGCCAUAACGCUGUUUUUCUCACAGAUGGUCCCCAACUGACCCUACUAUACUCGACAGAAUCAGAAACAAACUAUGCCCUUGCGCAAAAUUAGAAAUAUAGAAUGGAGAAAAUUUACCCAUCGGAGACUGUGUAUACAUGUAUGUGUGUGUGUAUACGCAUAUACAUACGUACAUACAUAUAGAUUAUGCAUACACACUCAUUUAUAUACGAAGGGCUUCUUUCAGUUUCCGUCUACCAAAUCCACUCACAACGCUUUGUUCGGCCCGUGGCUAUACUUUCGAAAGGUGCCACGCAGUGUGACUGACCCGGGACUAUGUGGUUAGAUAAAAGCUUGUUACCACACAGCCACGCUGCGCUUAUAUAUAAGAAAUGUUUAUAUCUACGCAUGUGUGUAUUUGCUCUAUCUCAACGCUCGACCACCUGUGUAGGUUCGUUUACAUCCCUGCAACAUAGCGGUUCCGCAAAGAAACUGAUAGAACAAGUAUCACUGUUGCAAAAACAAUAAUGAGGCCGACUUGUCUGACUUCAAAUGUGUACCCCGCCAUGGUGGCAGUCAAGUAACUGAAAGAAGUAAAAUAUGAUAUAAAGAUUAUGUAUGUGUGUGUGUGUGUGUGUGUGUGUGUGUGUCUGUCUGUCUAUCUGUCUGUCUCUCUGUUUGUGUGAGUGUGUGUGUGUGUGUGUGUGUGUAUGUAUGUAUAUAUAUAUAUAUGUAUGUAUGUAUGUAUGUAAGGACUGUAUAUUCAUAUACACAUGUACAUAAAAUUCAUAUAUUUUUUAUAUCUUUACUUUAAAAUCUACCCUACCCCAAAUUGUUAUUUGCUAAAUAUGUUUUUGUAUAUCUUAUAUAUAUUUAUACAUUUUGUAACAAUAAUUUAUAUGUUUGGAGAAUUUUGAAUACUGUACUGGCAAUUGUGAUACUAUAUAUUUGUGUUAUACGUGCAGAGGUUUCCAGAAGGCUUAAUACUUAACCACAGUAUCAUGAGAAACAAUUCUGUGUAUCAUAUUUCAUUACAUUUAUAGGAAAUUUUACAUUUUAAGAUACAUAAAAAUCUUUACUGAA